GUGACCACUUUUGAAUAUUAUUUGAUUGAGACUUGUUUUGAAGAUUCAAUGCUAGUGCAAAGAUCUGGAACUUUGGCUUUAUCUUCAUUAAACAAUGUUUUCAUGUCUUUAACCAAAAACGCCAAGAGUAUUUAUUUAAUCAUUGUUAAAUAUCAAUUAGAAAAUAAAAAGAGUCAGCAUUAUGAAGGCUUAUUGUUCAAGGAUCUGUACUGGGCCUGUAGGGAGGCGUUUCUUGUAAGUUCUGAUCUAGCCUUAAGGGCCCAACUAACUGAAUUUGUGGACCAUAAAAUGGUUAAAUUUAAAAGAUCUAUUAGCGGAGGUGAACAUUUAAUAAUUCCAUUACAAAAUAGUCUUUUACAACAGUUUGUCGAUGAACAGCCUGUCUGAUUUG